GGCAGCGAUGGCGGCGGCGGCACCGCGCGGGCUCCUGGCCCUCCUCGUCCUCAGCGGCCUCCUCGCCGGCGCCGCGGCCACAAGUCCAAACAUCAUAGCUCUCGUGAGCGUCACUCCUGGCAAACUGAUCCUCUCGUGUAACAUGACUGCGCCCCAUGGUCCCGUUGAGGGCCACGAGUGGAUGAGAGGUGACAAGACCCUUCAAACAGACACRGAAUCGAGUGCUUUCACCAGCUACACAAUUGAGGGGAAGAUGGAAGAGCACUCUGGAGUGUACGACUGYGUCUACAAAACAAACCCAGUAGUGAAAGGACAAGUGAAUAUAUCAGUGGCACCCCAGGUGGUGGCAUACAAGAAGUCUGAGCACGGCAAUGAGGGGGACACYGGAGUGCUCACCUGCAAAAGUCCCUCUUUUCCCCCUGUCAGCACAUGGACUUGGUACAAAAAUGAGCGAGAGCCCAUCAUCAACGCGUCCGGUCGGUACAUCAUCAAGUCGAGCGGCAACAAGACAGAGCUGCGCAUUCUGAAGCUGAGCAUCGAGGAGGAUACGGGCGACUACCACUGCAACGCCAGCAACGCCUUCGGCUUCGGCGGCGCCGCCGUGAACCUGCGCGUGCGCAGCCGCCUCGCCGCGCUCUGGCCCUUCCUGGGCAUCGUCGCAGAAGUCCUCGUUCUUGUCACCAUCAUCUUCAUCUAUGAGAAGAGGAGGAAGCCGGAUGAGGUUCUCGAUGACGAUGAUGGAGGUUCUGCACCACUGAAAAGCAACGCCACAAACCACAAGGACAAGAACGUCCGCCAGAGAAACGCGAACUAGGAGCAGGGCCAGGUGCUGUGUAGCUGAAGAAGUCUGGACAUUUUUUCUUCCUUUUUUUUGGUAAAAUAGUACCAUGAAUAUCCUAGUGCAUCCUUGCAAUUCAGUUAUUUCACUUUCUAAAGAAACUUCAGAGUUGUAGAAUCUAAAAUACACUCUUUUUUWAAAAAAUAAAAGGUGUGGGAGGGUUUUUCUAUCUGUCAGUGUAAAUCCCCUGAUGCUGGUAGUCUUGGCUGUCUCUGCCCUUGGUUUCUUCAUGUUGGAUAGAGGGUAAGUGGGAGCAAAACCUGCUUCUGUCCCUUGCGCGAGGGAGGGACAGGGUGUCUUGGAGCACCCUCCUUGCCCACCUCGGCUUUUGGGAGGCCGUGCAAGGAGCUGCCCUGUGCUGUGCUGAGGGGGUGCCAGGACCCCUGUUCCCUGUGGAUGUCCUGGUUCCCGUGGGUCAGGAAGAACCUGCUCUGGUUACYGUUGGGACGUGACCUGACCUGACGGAAGGGAGGGGGGUUCCCAGUGUUCCCCAGGGUCACCAGGAGCAAGGCGACCUCUUCCCGCAGUCCUGGAGCUGCUCUGCAAGGACACCGGGAACGUCUGUCCAUUGGAUCUUUGGGAAGAGCAGCAGAACUUGGGGUCGAAUAUCGGCGCCCUGCAUCCUCAUCAGCUCCCUGCGGAGCUGCUCUGCUUACCCUCC